AUGAAGCGUAAGCUAAGUCAAAGUUUUGAUGACGUCAGUUCCAAAGCGCAGAGAUUAGCCCCCGAUGUUCAGAGAUUAACUCCAGAGGUAGCAACGUUCUGCGCAGAGUUCGGAAACGUGAGCGACGCCGACAUCGACCUCCGUCACGUGAUGGACGACUUCGUGAGCAUCUACGAGAAACUCGACGACUGCCACGACUUCAGCGUGAAGCCCAACUACUCCUACACCGAGCUAGUCUACCUCGCAGUGCUGCGGUCGCCCAACUUCUGUCUGCCCAUUGGAGAGAUCUACAAGUAUAUCCAGUCGAAAUUCCAGUUCUUUAAGACUGGUACUCGACAGCACUGGCGAAAUGCAGUACGCCACAGUCUAUCGAAAACCAAAUGCUUCACGAAAAUAAGCGUGGGUCGAAAUCCCAACCCCGCCGGUGUUUACCAGAGAUCUACCUUUCUGUGGUCCAUUGUUCCUAGCAGCAUCCUAAACUUCGCACGAGGUGACUACCGGCCGAACGUGGAUCGAGAGAGCGGAACCAACACGCUGAGGUGGGGCUUCUACCGGGUGAACGCCGGGGAAUUCUGGGACGAGGUCGCUCUUGCUCUCGAGAAGAAGAUGACGUCAUUCCGCGAAACCGUCAAGAUGGUUGCGUCUCCGUCAGACAUUUUUCAGUCGCAGGUCUGCCUGUUAACUUCUAAGGAUGUAGAAACAGCCGCACAAAACUCCCCAGAGUCCAAACUGACAUCGGACCAUCAGCUGCCAAUGACGUUACCAUCACAGUUUAACGGAAAGCAGGGUACUACACCAUUACAGCGUGGGGCUUCACCUUUCGAACAAACUACACCACCGACGCAGUAUCGAGCUUUACCACGUCAUCACCAACAGCAUCAGCAGCAUCAGCAGCAUCAGCAUCAGCAUCAGCAUCAGCAUCAACAUCAACAGUUCCAUAAUAAUCCAAUAACACCGACGUCACAGCAUUUUGAUCCCCCGACAGAGGCGCCACCUAUGAACCUUGUAGACAUGAUACCAUCGCAGUUGUUACCUCCCCCUCAUUUCUUCUCCUACUCACCAAUUUCGCCCAUUGACUGCGGAUCGCUGGGUACAUCCAGUCCUCAGGAACUGUGUACCGAAUCACCCGUGGAGCCCGACAUCAAGCUGACGCCAUCUCUCAGACAUGCAAUGACGUCAUACGUCUGGUCCCCCGACUUCCUGUCGCGAGAGGGCGCCAUGAGUACAUUCAACCUGACCACAGGAUCUGACAGCGACACGUCCAUGCGAUCCGAGAAACCGAGUUGCCACGAGUUGUCUCCCCUGACGUCGUCAUCGGACGUCCGGUUCUGGAUUCCCCAGCCGUCUUUCUCCUCAGCGCCACCUAACGUCACCGUGGUUUCCGGACUCAAAGUGGGUCCAAAGGAAGAGCCUCAGUUCACCAGUCGCUGCAGGAUGACGACACCAAAGUUGAACACUUACGUUUCUCCAUCCCCGUCUAUGACGGAGAACAUGUUCAACAACUCCACACCAGAGUUGCCUCCCUUUUCUGAGAUGCCUUCGCUGACGUCACUUCUUGCCUUCGACAACAACGUAGAUUAUUCAAGUUUUUAUUCACCCAAUGGAACCGGAUAUUACGACAUGUCUUACCUCACACCACAGAGGCCACACCAGUUUGUUCAACAGGAUUGCAGUUACAGUUACAAUUUUGAAAAACAAGAUGGCGCCUAUAAUCAGCCAGGAAAAGAACUAUACCAAAGUUACACGGACGCUUUUGACGCACCGCAGUCUAACGGCUGGGGUCAAAACCUACAGUGA